CCCAGUUCCCUAUCCUGCAAUACCUACCGCACAUGUCGUUGAAAUUAAGGAAAGAAAAACACCAUGCCAGAACCAGGACCGCUAGCCAAUAACGACUAUCGCGAUUGGCGAACCAGGGGCGGUGGCCCUCUCAGCCCCCUCUCUCUGGCCAUAGAACCGACCAGCCAAGUCUUCUACACAACAUGGGACGGGGUACCAAACAUCAACCUUUAUAUUAGGAACUUCAGACCCAUAGACACCUCUGAGGCAAGAGAUACAGGAAGCAUCAGGGUCUUUCGCAAUGUCCAGUCAAUCUUCGAGCUCAGUCUCCUCGGUAGUCUAAACUACACCACGUAUUGCCGACUCCAGAGGAAUUUCAAUAGCAUGUCGGCUCUCUUCUAUUCAUUUUAUGAUUUCUGGGCUAUUUUCUGGAUUGUUCAAGACCAUUGUCUUCGGAAGAUGUGGUAUAUGCUUGACCAGGAAGAUCUAGCCAGGGGUAUCGAUUGGGUGUUUUUGAAUGACGCUCGUACUGCUCGUACGGAUGUUGCUGUUAUGGUUUUUCUGUGGGCAAUUGAUUCUUUUUAUAUGCAUCAUGAAACUCUCUCUAUGAAGGAAGGUCUUUCUGAUGGUCUUCGUAUUUUGCUUCCUGGAAGUUUCGAUAGGCACGUGUGGCAUUGA